GAGCAGAGUAGCAGGGGCAGUCAUCACAGACAAGAAGAAGAAGAAGAAGCGGGGAGGUGACACUAUGGCCAUAGAAAAUGGUGCUGAAGCCAGAAAGAUGCCAUGAACUACUGUUAAUCAGCCAUGCAGACAUAAAGCUGUUCAACAGCCUGCCAACAGCCCAAUUUUUUUUUCCCCAUCAUUAAUAUGAAUGGGAAGACUGUUCUUAUCAAGUCACAUGACUGUUUUUAGGUUUUCAACAACAGGAAAGAGUUACUAGCUAACUGUAAAUACUAGGAGAGCUGAACAAGGGAAUUACAUGCAGGAGGCCAAGAUCUUAAGUGGCACUUAAUCAGUGAGAGCCCUUGAAAACUCAGUUUUUCAAAAAGCAACCACCUUUCAUCUGAUUAAAAACUAACACAAAAACAGGACAAUGGUUCACAUAAAGCAGCAGCCAUGAUGUCAUCUGAUUGACUCCAGUGAAGCAACAGCAAUAAUGUUGUCAAAAGUAAUGCUGGGCUUUAUCUUGACCCUUCUCAUCCUCAUGACUGUCGGUGGUAAUGUGCUGGUGUGCCUGGCUGUCUGCGCCUCUCGACGCCUCCGCUGCCUCACUAACUGUUUCAUUGUGUCGCUGGCUGUGACAGACCUGCUGCUCGGCCUCUUGGUCCUCCCUUUCUCUGCUCUCCUACAGCUCAAUGAUGAGUGGCCACUUGGCGCUGUCUUCUGCAACUUCUACAUCUCCAUGGAUGUUAUGUUAUGUACUGCCUCCAUUCUCACCCUCCUGGCCAUCAGUGUUGAUCGCUACCUGGCAGUGACCAUGCCUCUGAGAUACACAUCUCUGGUGUUGCCGUGGAGAGUUGCUGUAGCCAUGGUGAGUGUCUGGACAGUGUCUUUGGCCGUCUCUUUCUUGCCCAUCCAAAUGGGAUGGAACACAGUUAAUGGGACAGUGCAAAACCAUGGGCCUUGGGCUUCAGAGGGGAAAUGUCGUUUUGAGCUGAACAGACCAUAUGUACUUACUGACUCUCUUCUCACCUUCUACCUGCCUCUGGUGACUAUGUGCUGGACCUACCUCAAAAUACUUCGCAUUGCACGGGCACAGGCCAAGCGCAUUAUCAGUGCCCGACCCACUUGCAUCACCAGUUACAACAGCAGGAGCAAUUCUUCCUCCACAACUACUGUGGUUUCCAGCAUUACAGCAGUGGCACUGCGAGAGCACAAAGCCACAGUGACACUGGCAGGAGUGAUAGGGGCUUUUGUGGUGUGUUGGUUACCUUAUUUCAUCCUAUUCACAGUGCUGGGCCUAAAGGAGCAUCCAGACCCUAGCACAGUGCCAGAAUAUUCAAUUGUGCUGUGGCUGGGCUAUGCCAACUCAGCCCUAAACCCAAUCCUCUAUGGAGCCCUCAACAGGGACUUCAGGUCAGCUUACACCCAUCUACUGAGAUGCCGAUGUCCUAAGUACAGCGGGUGGAGGAGCCAGCAGCCAUCCCCCUUUGCAACAUCAGCCAGAGACCAGCUUACAGAGGUAACGCUGUUGUGUGGCCACACCCCUGCCACCUGCAGGGCAGGUCUAACAGAUCAAAACGUCAUGCUUCAAGAAAUGAACAGCAGGACAGCCACAACAUCUAUCCAAUUUGCAAAUGGCACUGCUACCACAGAUGUCAGUGGUGAUGAAAGUCAGCCCAGGUUGUGCUGAGCCUGUGCUGGUGAGGUGGAUGCUGUGGUUACAAAACAAACUAGAACAGGGAUCCAUCAGCUUGUUGAUUAAAGGGCAACACACAGAAAAAGAUGGACAAAGAUGUAUACCCCCUCUAUUUGGAAGCCUCCAACGUCACAGUAGAAACAGCCAUAGUACACCAUGUAAGUAGAUAUAUAUUCUGACAUCCCUAUAGCUCCUACGGACCAUGUCCAGCCAAGAACAACUGAACUGUAAUGCACAGAUCCUUGCUGUGCCACAGCACAUCGGGCCAUAUUGCAAU